UCUUCACACCAUCUGCUGUCUUUUCUCUUUCCCCUUCCGCCGCCACCUCUCCCUCUCCCACUCCUCUCAACAAUGAAGCUCACCUCUCUGUUGACGCUGGCGGGCUUGGGCGCAGGGUCGGCCUUCGUGGCUCCCGCCACGGCCUUCCACGGCGCGGGCGUGGCGGCCAUCACGGCUCCUCGAGGCAGCUCCUCUGCUUCAUGCCAGAUGAUGGCACGGGUGCCCUUCAUCGCAGGCAACUGGAAGAUGAAUCCCCUGGACGUGGACAGCGCGAAGGACCUCGCCAAGUCGGUGUCGGAGGCGACUACUUCUGUAGAGGUGGAGGUGGCCGUCAUCCCGCCACACCCUUUCCUCGUGCCCGUCAAGGACCAGGUGGACGGCGUGGACGGCAACAAGGUCGCGGUGGGGUCCCAGGACCUCUACACCGAGGAUGCCGGAGCGUUCACGGGGGCGUCCUCCACGGGUAUGCUCGCGUCCGUCGGGUGCGAGUACAUCCUGUGCGGCCACUCGGAGCGCCGAUCGGUGUUCGGGGACAGCGACGAGAUGGUUAACAAGAAGGUGCACAAGGUCCUUGACCAAGGGCUGAAGGCCAUCCUCUGCAUCGGCGAGAGCAAGGAGGAGUACGAGGCUGGCCUCAACAAGGAGAUCUGCGCCGUGCACAUUGGGAAGGGCCUGAUGGGAGUGACGGCUGAACAGAUGGAGAACAUCGUCAUCGCGUACGAGCCGGUAUGGGCGAUCGGUACGGGCCUGACAGCCACCCCUGCGGACGCGCAGGGCAUCCACAAGUACGUGCGGUCUUUGCUAGCCGCCAAGUACGGAGACUCCGUGGCGGACAGCGUCAGGAUACAGUACGGUGGCUCGGUGACCCCGGAGACGGUAGAUGAACUCAUGGCUUGCCCCGACAUCGACGGCGCCCUCGUGGGAGGCGCCUCGCUAGUGGCAGAGAAGUUCGCGCGCAUCGUCGGCUUCAAGUCCCCCGUCAGCGCCUAAAAAUGACUUUACUGGCUGGCAUGGUGAUUGUUGCGAGGAAGGCAUUCGUUUCGGAGGAAAGCCGUUCGAAGAUAUAGCUGAUCGGAGAGAGAUCUUUCGAAGAAACCUGAUCGGUGGACCCGUCGCGGCCUAUUUUUCGUUGAAGAAACUCUCCAAGGAUUUUUGGGCUGGAAGGAGCCUCUAAUCCGGAGAGUUGCACCAAAAGCUUCGGUGAAUUCGUGGUGGAACAACAAAAGACCUGCUUGUUUUGUUCGCCAGCUGUGGGAUCCCUCUCUGUCGAAGCAAAGCUAGUAGCUGUUGUGUGCACGCGCUUUUCCCGGCCGGGUAAACAACCGCUCGAACGAGCUGUCUUUGCGGGAGUCUUUGGUCGUUUUUUUUUUCGGAACCCUUGUCGCCCGUGGCGCUCGUAGGCAUUGCGAGCGGCGUGCUGUGUCGUGCGCCCUGCCUGACCCUUACAUGGGCCUGUCGCUUGUUUGCUCGGUCUACGGCAUGCGUCCGGUCUCUCUUGUGGUUGGCCCCAAUGUUGAGAAAGUUGGCGUGGUGAGUUCGGGGGUGGGGGGGGAGACAUGCAGCUGUUAGAAAGUGAGGCAACCGAUGUUGUGUUGGCGUUUUCGGGUUCGACUUCUGCCCUCUUCGGGCGUGUUGAGCGCUGUUAGAUGGGAAUGGGGAGGCGAGGGACUCCUAUCCUUCCAUCAUAUGCCCUACCCCUGCGCCCCCGGGCGCUCUGGCGGUUUUGACGAUCAUUGGCUCCGAAUUCGCCGGCCGACAUGAGCACGCGGGAAAAGUGAACAUGAAAUCAGAUAGACAAAAUCAGUCACCAACGCUGCAUUCACGCAGGUUUUUGUGUGUUGGCAUUUGAAAAAGGGCUUGUCUCCUCGCCGUCGUGGUGGCCUCAUCACACUUGAUCCCAGACUUAUGUGUGGCGCCUCAGGGUUGGACGGAUCGAUCAGAAAACCGCGGUCCAUUACUAGAGAGGAAGACCACGGUCCAAACGGUGGCUGCACUUGUUCGGUCGUGCCUGCCUGGCUGCCUCCUGGCGAUCCCCCCCAGCAAGUACGUCUACUGCCGCAGAUACUGCUGUGGGCUGUCAACCAACGCCAGUCGUCGGCGAGCAGUUUUAGAAGGAUCGACAGUGGUCAAGUAAGUCUGGUUGUUGGCACUGGUCAGUUUGGCCGCACGGUAGAGAGAAGCACCCCUUGGUUCUACGCGAACGAGCGAGAACGAAGCUGAGGUACACGGCUCAGUACGUACGUAAUGAAUCGUCCCUCCCCACCCGCAC